AUGCUGCCUUACCUGUUCCCUGAGCUGUCCACCUUUGCUACAGUCGCCGAUCUUAUCACCCACCUUCGCACUAGUGACGCUCGCCUGCGUGCCGCCCUUCCCACCGAGUUCUGCGCUAAGAACCCCCCUCCACUGUACUGGACACUCCACUUCAUAGUCACCCGUCUCCCUGACACCCUCAGCUCAGUGCGCGACUAUUUCCUUGCUCGCUGUCCCACUGAGCUCACUGUCGCCCUCCUAGAGGAGAAGCUGCUAGCAGCCGAGAAGAGCAUUGUAGCUGUAGGUGCUGCUCGCGGCGCUCCUCGCACCCCCAUCUUUGAGGGGUGUUCUCCCUCUCCCCUCGCUCCCUCCUACGCUACUGCUGCUGCUGUUGACUUCCUUGGUGCUGAGUCUGCUGGCGCUGCUUCUGCUCCUGGUGGGAGGCGCCGCACUGGCAAGGGCAAGGGGGGCAAGGGUGGCGGGGGUGGCGCUGGGGGGGGAGGGGGUGGGGGAGGUGGGGGGGGAGGCGGUGCUGGAGGGAGCGGUGGCGGGAGUGCCGGUGGGAGUGGGGCCGGCGGCGGAGGCGGGGGCGGCGGCGGGAGCAGUGGCGGUGGUGGCAGCGGCGGCAGUGGCGGCGGUGGCGGUAGUGGCGGUGGCGGUGGCGGUGGUGGCGGUCGGAGCGGAGGUAGUGGCGGCGGUGGAGGUCGGAGUGGAGGCACCGGCUCGGGCCAGAGCUCCCAGCAGCAGCAGCGUCCCCAGUCGACCCAGCAGCUUCGUGAGUGGCUUGCUCAGCGUGGGACGUCUGGGGGCAGUAGCCGCUGUUCCUAUGUCAUUCGCACAGGUGAUCGCAAGGGACAGACGUGUGGGAGGUUUCACACCCCGUACCGCUGCUUCUUCCGCCUUGACGACGCUUGGCGUGAGGAGAUGGGCGAGGAUGUUGAGCGCCCUCGCUGGGCUGAGCUGAUGAGGGCUGGGGUUGAUAUCUUUGCUCUUGACUAUGAUGCUAUUAUAGCUGCCAUGUAUGCAUUGACUGUUAGUGCCGAGGGAGACUGUUACUUGUGUGUGCCGCCUGACCCAGGUAUAGAGCCCGCUGCCCUAGGUACUAGUGAGUCUGCUCUCUCUGGUAUGGUGCCCCCUGUACCUGCUCCCUCCUGCACUGUCCCUGCUGCUUGCGAGUCUGCUCUCUCAGGUACAGCACCCACAGAGACUGCUCUCUCAGUCUCCUUGGCUGAUCCCUCUGGGGGCCCGGUCCUUGCCCGGUCCACCACUGUGCUCCCUUGUCCGGCGGUUCCGUCUGGCUCGUUGACAGGUUUCCACCUCCCCUCGUUCUCGACGAACCUGGUGAGCAACGCUGUCCUCCAGGAUCAGUGGGUUGACACCUUCACCCCUGGAGGACAGCGUGUGGCGAUCUGCACGUGCUCCAGGACCGGCCGUCACCUGGCUACGUUUACUCGUCGGCCGGGGUCGAGUCUCUACACACUGACCACUGCGUCUCCCCAGGUCGCUGCUGUCGGUCAGGUGUCCGCGUCAGGUCUGGUAGCCCACGCCUGUGAGUGUCGUUCCCUGUCGCACCAGACUCUUCUCUGGCACCACCGCCUGGGUCACCCCUCCUUGCCACGCCUCCGUGGCAUGCACCGUCGCCUCCUUGUGUCUGGUCUUCCCAGGUCCCUCCCUCCCCUCCCUGCCUCGCCUGCGCCGCCUUGCCUUCCUUGCGUCGAGGGGCGGCAGCGCGCCGCUCCUCACUCCUCCUCGUUCCCCCCGACAGAGGCUCCUCUGCAGACCCUCCACCUGGACGUGUGGGGCCCAGCCCGCGUUCGUGGUCAGGGCGGUGAGCGGUACUUUUUGCUGGUUGUCGACGACUACUCGCGUUACACCACGGUCUUCCCCUUGCGCACCAAGGGUGAGGUCCCUGCUGUUCUGAUCCCUUGGAUCCGCACAGUUCGUCUCCAGCUCCGCCGCCGUUUCCGGACGGAUCUUCCUGUCCUGCGUCUGCACUCUGACAGAGGUGGUGAGUUUUCCUCCGACCUCUUGAGGACCUUCUGUCAGGCGGAGGGCAUCGAGCAGACCUUCACGCUUCCGGACUCCCCACAGCAGAAUGGGGUUGCUGAGCGCCGCAUUGGCCUGGUCAUGGAGGUCGCUCGUACCUCCUUGGUCCACGCGGCGGCUCCCCAUUUUCUGUGGCCGUUUGCUGUCCGGUACGCCGCGCAUCAGCUCAACCUCUGGCCCCGUGUCUCCUUGCCGGAGACCUCGCCCACACUGCGUUGGACGGGGGAGGUUGGCGAUGCGUCGCGCUUCCGGGUGUGGGGUGCUCGUGCCCUUGUCCGCGAUACGUCCGCGGACAAGCUCUCCUCCCGCACGCUUCCCUGUGUCUUCCUUGGCUUUGUCCCUGACGCGCCGGGCUGGCAGUUUUACCACCCCACCUCGCGCCGGGUCUUCGCCUCUCAGGACGUCACCUUUGACGAGUCGGUCCCUUUUUACCGUCUCUUCCCCUACCGUACUGCCCCCCUCCCUCCCCCGCCGCUUUUCCUUGCUCCUGGUCCCCCUCCGGUAGACCCCCUCCCCCCUCAGGGUCCUGCUCCUUCAGGUGUCUCUCAGGUAGACCCUCCUCCCGUCGCUGAGCCUGUCGAGGUCACAGGUGACUCAGGUGCUGCUGCAGGUGGUGCUGCUGGGAGUGCUGAGCCUGAGGGUGCUGGGCCUGGGGGUGCUGGGACUACGGGUGCUGGAGCUGAGGGUACUGUGCCUGAGAGUUCGGCGCCUGGGGGUGCUGAGCCUGGGGGUGCUGCGACUGGGGGUGCUGAGCCGGCGUGUGCGGAGUCUGGGGGUGCUGAGUCUGGGGGUGCUGCGCCUGCGGGUACUGAGCCUGGGGGUGCUGCUACUGAGCCUACGGAGCCUCGGGUUGCUGCGUCUGGGGGUGCUCCGGUUCGGGGUGCUGAGCAGUCUCUCACACCACAGCAGCUUCGUGACUGGUACGUCCGGCGCUUUCGCCGUCCUCGUGGCUCGGCUGGAGCUGGGGGUGCUGGAGCUGCCGGGACUGGUUGUUCUGGGAGCACUACGACUGGAGCUGCUGGAGCUGGGGACUCUGGAGCUGGCGGCGCUAGCGGAGUUGUAGCUGCGGACCCUGGGGGUGGUGCUGCUGCUGGUGCUGCGGACCCACCUGGUGGAGCUGCUGCUGGAGCUGAGGACCCGAGCGGUGACGCUGCUGCUGGUGCUGAGGACCCGGACGCUGGAGUCUCUUCUGCUUCUGGAGCCGCUGCGCGGCCGCGGCCGUACUUCGUACCGCUCCUUCAGCAGGUUCUUGGGCAGGCUCCUCCUCCUUGUCCUCCUCCCUCCGUAGAGUGUCCUCCGACUGUCCAGCCGCAGUCACAGUUACCGCCUGCCUCGCCUCUCCCUGCUCCCUCUCCUUACACUGGUCCCACAGGAGGUCUUACAGAGCGUCGUGAGCCUGAGUCUCGUCCUGCGUCGCCUGUCCGUACUGCUCGCACUGGUCGUCGUGUCCGUCGUGAGCGUCCUCCUCCUGUCCCAGGCACUCACUACAUGACUCUGCGUCCUUCUACUGCUCCUCAGCGUGUCCCUCUGCCGUCUCCUCCUGCGUCCUCUUUGCCUGCUGUUCCGGACCCUGAGUCUGACCGGUAUCGUGCUGAGCACCCUACUGUCACGCGUCUCCUAGCUACUGUUGUCACUGACCCUACCUUUGAGUCCUCGGCUGUGUCUGCUCUGGUCGCUGAGUUGGUCGACUUUGCUGCUGCCUGUCGUCUAGACUACGCCGCUAGUCUUGUUGCUGAGUCUGAGUCUGUCUGUCCUCCGUCCGUCGGGGGUGAGUGUGCUCUUGGCACGGACGUCCUUGAGGACAGGCAGGAGGACUUUGACUCUCUUGCGGCUGCUGUACCUCAUCUCGUGGCCUGGUUGCUUGCCCCUGAGGGAGACCCGGAUGCACUAGACAUCCCCACUCCGCGCACUUACGCAGAGGCGAUCUCGGGUCCCUACUCCUCUCAGUGGCAGACAGCCAUGGACGCAGAGAUGGCAUCCUGGAAGUCCACAGGCACCUACGUCGACGAGGUUCCCCCUCCUGGGGCGAACAUCGUCGAUGGCAUGUGGAUUUUCAGGGUGAAGCGGCCGCCAGGUUCUCCGCCUGUCUUCAAGGCUCGUUACGUUGCUCGAGGCUUCAGUCAGCGUCAGGGGGUCGACUUCUUCCAGACCUUCUCCCCCACCCCGAAGGUGACCACUCUUCGGGUUCUGCUGCACGUUGCUGCUCAGCGUGACUACGAGCUUCACUCCCUUGACUUCAGCACAGCGUUCCUGCAGGGCAGCCUGCACGAGGAGAUCUGGCUACGCCGCCCACCUGGCUUUACUGGGUCGUUUCCUCCUGGUACCCAGUGGAGCCUCCGCCGGCCAGUCUACGGUCUCCGCCAGGCGCCACGCGAGUGGCACGACACACUGAGGACUACACUUGCGGCUCUUGGGUUCGCGCCGUCUACUGCUGACCCGUCGCUGUUUCUGCGCACAGACACGUCGCUGCCGCCGUUCUACAUUCUCGUGUACGUCGACGACUUGGUCUUUGCUACUGCUGACACUGAGGCACUCGCUCGUGUGAAGUCGGAGCUGCAGAAGAGACACACCUGCACUGACCUGGGUGAGCUGCGUAGCUAUCUUGGCUUGCAGAUCACCCGGGACAGAUCUCGCCGCACCAUCACCCUGACUCAGUCACACAUGGUGCAGCAGGUCCUUCAGCGCUUCGGCUUCCAGUUCUCCUCACCACAGGCCACACCUCUGGCUACCAGUCACUCGCUCUCAGCUCCACCUCCGGACGAGUCCGUAGAGCCGAGUGGCCCGUACCCAGAGCUUGUGGGCUGCCUCAUGUACCUGAUGACUUGCACGCGACCUGACCUCGCGUACCCUCUUAGCAUCCUUGCUCGUUACGUUGCACCUGGGAGACACAGGCGAGAGCACUGGGAGGCUGCUAAGAGGGUGCUGCGCUACUUGUGCAGUACAUCAGGCAUGGGGCUGGUGCUUGGAGGACACGACAGAGUUGUCCUCACUGGUCACUCGGACGCUUCUUGGGUGGACGACCUGGCUAUGCAGCGGUCGUCACAGGGUUACACCUUCAGCCUUGGCUCUGGUUCUGUCUCGUGGCGGUCCACCCGUUCUUCUUCUGUUCUCAGCUCUAGUUGUGAGGCUGAGAUCUACGCCACGGCCAUGGCUGCACAGGAGUUACGCUGGCUCACCUACCUGCUGACUGACUUGGGAGAGCGGCCUAGUUCUCCUCCAGUUCUGUACGGCGACAACAAGGCGGCCCUUGCCUUGUGUCAGGAGCACAGACUGGAGCACAGGACGAAGCACAUUGCUCUUCGCUACUUUCUUGCUCGAGAGCUUCAGCAGCGCGGUCAGCUUCGGCUUGUGUACGUGGACUCGAAGGCCAACACUGCUGAUAUCUUCACCAAGGCGCUCCCGCCUAGUGAUCAUCAGCGGCACUGUACUUCUUUAGGCCUUGUGUCCACGUUUCCUCACUUGCUCACUGCUUGA